UUGUUUCAUUUUAUUUGUAUUUAUUUAUCUAUAGGUUUGGCCCGAAUUCUUGUUGUCCGGGUGUUAAACAUCUGCCUUGCACGAGGAUUAGGGACACGGACUCGGUUUAAAUCCAACUGGAAGCAGCUAAAAAUCGGCCGUAAUAAAGAGCCUCAGGGGAGAUCGCGAUUUGUCUGGAAGGGCUUGGCUGUGCUGCGGGCUUGUGAGUGCCUGGGGUUUCGUUUUCCUGAGCCCCACACGAGGUAGGACUCGGAGCGUCGGUCCCGUGGCUUGAAACGGGAGGGGAAAAUGCAGGCCGGUCGUGGGAGGUAAUGGCCACCUACACUUGCAUCACUUGCCGUGUGGCUUUCAAGGAUGGUGACAUUCAGCGUGCCCAUUACAAAACUGACUGGCACAGGUACAACCUGAAGCGUAAAGUUGCUGACAUGCCUCCUGUCACUGCUGAGAAUUUCCAAGAGCGAGUUCUGGCACAGAGAGCAGUAGCAGAGGAGCAGAACAAAAUCACUGCCACUUACUGCACGGUGUGCAGCAAGAGGUUCUCCACCUUCAAUGCCUAUGAGAAUCACCUGAAGUCGAAGAAGCACCUGGAGCUGGAGAAGAAAGCUGUACAAGCUGUCAGCAAGAAGGUGAAAAUAUUAAAUGAGAAGAAUCUGGAAAAGGGACUAGCCCCAGAGAGUGUAAAUAAAGAUGAAAUGAACACAGCUAUUCAGCAAGCCAUCAAAGCCCAGCCAUCUUCAUCUCCAAAGAAGACACCUCUACCUCCUAGUAAUGCAAGUGGCUCUCCAGUUUCUAGGGAAAGCACCAGCUUGUCCCAGAGCAGAGAACGACCAGAAAUACCUCCACGGCUGCAGUGGUUUGAACAGCAAGCAAGGAAGCUGGCCAAGCAAGAAGCAGGGGAAGAAGAGGGUAAUGAAGAAGACUGGGAAGAUAUGGAUUCUGAAGAAGACAUUGGCUCCGAUGAAGAGAUGGAAAGUGUGGAAGAAGAGGAAGACGAGCAACAGGCAGAGGCUGAAAGCAUUCCUGCUGCUGGGGCCAUACCAGUCACAGACUGCUUGUUCUGUGCCCAUCACUCUAGAUCUCUCACAAAAAAUGUGGCGCAUAUGACAAAAAUCCACAGCUUCUUUAUUCCAGACAUAGAGUACCUUGUGGAUCUCAGAGGACUAAUCAAGUAUCUUGGAGAGAAAGUUGGCGUUGGGAAAAUCUGCAUCUGGUGCAAUGAAAAGGGGAAAUCCUUCUACUCUACGGAAGCAGUCCAGGCUCAUAUGAAUGAUAAAAGCCACUGCAAACUCUUCACAGAUGGAGAUGCUGCCCUGGAAUUUGCAGAUUUCUAUGAUUUUAGGAGCAGUUACCCUGAUCAUGAGGAUGGGAAAGAUGUGGAGAGUCCUGGAAAGCGCCUGGCAGAGAAAGAGUUGGAUUAUGAUGAUGACACCAUGGAGCUGAUCCUUCCAUCAGGUGCCAGAGUGGGUCACCGUUCCUUGAUGAGGUACUACAAGCAGCGUUUUGGUGUGACAAGAGCUGUGGCUGUUGCGAAGAACAAGAAAGCUGUGGGUCGGGUGCUGCAGCAGUACCGAGCCUUGGGCUGGACAGGGCAGGCAGGGGCCAUCUCUGCUCAGCAGCGUGACAUGCAGUACCUGCAGAGGAUGAAGUCAAAGUGGAUGCUCAAGACAGGAAUGAGUAACAAUGCUACAAAGCAGAUGCAUUUCCGGAUGCAAGUCAGAUUCUGAGUUCCAAAGAGAACUGCCUACAAUUGGUUAUGGGAAGGGGGAUUUAAUGGUUUUGGAUUCUCUUAUUAAAAUGGACUUGGUACCUAUCAAA